AACGGCCUGGGCUCCGCCAGCAUCACCAAGGGCACCCCCGCCGUCAAGAACCGCCUGUGCCAACCUCCCUCCGUGCCUGCCCUGCUCACCCCGGCCUUACCCCCCCGCGGCGACCUGCCCGUCCCCAGCCUGGCAUCUCCUCUCUCCUUGGCCACCCUGGCCAGCGUCUCCUCCCCAGCUGGGGCUUCCUUGGUGGGACUGAACCCCAGCACAGGCCCCGAGCAGCCCCCCCUGCCCGGCUCCCACCACUUGGCGGUGGAUGAGAAGAUCCUCAACCGCCUGUUCUGGUACUUUUCGGCGUGCGAGAAGUGUGUCCUGGCCCAGGUGUGCAAGGCCUGGCGCCGGGUGCUCUACCAGCCCAAGUUCUGGGUGGGCUUGACGCCCGUCCUGCACACCAAGGAGCUCUACAACGUCCUGCCGGGAGGGGAGAAGGAGUUUGUCAGCCUGCAGGGCUUCGCCGUGCGCGGCUUCGACGGCUUCUGCCUGGUGGGCGUCUCCGACCUGGACAUUUGUGAGUUCAUUGACAACUACCCGCUCUCCAAGAAGGGGGUGAAGUCCAUGAGCCUCAAGAGGUCGACCAUCACGGACGCGGGGUUGGAGGUAGGUGGGUGGGCAAGGCUGGAGCUGUCGGGCUGCAACGACUUCACGGAGGCGGGGCUGUGGUCCAGCCUCAACGCCCGCAUCACCUCCCUGAGCGUCAGCGACUGCAUCAACGUGGCCGACGACGCCAUCGCCGCCAUCUCCCAGCUCCUGCCCAACCUGGCCGAGCUCAACCUCCAGGCCUACCACGUCACCGACACCGCCCUGGCCUAUUUCACCGCCAAGCAGGGCUACACCACCCACACCCUGCGCCUCAACUCCUGCUGGGAGAUCACCAACCACGGCGUGGUCAACAUGGUGCACAGCCUGCCCAACCUGAGCGUGCUCAGCCUGUCCGGCUGCUCCAAGGUGACGGACGACGGGGUGGAGCUGGUGGCCGAGAACCUGCGGAAGCUGCGCAGCCUCGACCUGUCCUGGUGCCCCCGCAUCACCGACAUGGCCCUGGAGUACAUCGCCUGCGACCUGCACAAGCUGGAGGAGCUGGUGCUGGACAG